AUGGCUAGCAAGGAGGUUUUCCGCGUCAGACUGAACUGCGUGGACCACUACCAGAAUGCUCCCACCAACCUGGAUGUGCCACUAUGGGGGCGAACAGUUUCCUCGACACAACGAGACAAGUUGCCGCAGGUCCCGGUCAUCAGAGUCUUCGGGUCGACGGAGACUGGGCAGAAAGUCUGCGCCCACAUACACGGAGCCUUGCCGUACCUCUAUGUGCCUUACCAGGAAUCGACAGAAAAACAGCAUGUCGAUACCUACAUUGCUCAGCUUCGAAACUCGAUCGACCACGCUUUGGCUCUUUCGUAUCGCAGGAACCCGUAUGAGGAUCCACGAAAGUCGGCGUUCGUGGCGCACAUCAGUCUGGUCAAAGGCGUACCGUUCUUUGGUUACAAUGUUGGCUACAACUACUACCUGAAGAUUUACUUAUUGAAUCCCAUGCAUAUGACACGUUUCUCGGACCUGUUGCAGCAGGGCGCCAUCUUGGCUCAACCUUUUCAGCCAUAUGAGGCACACUUACAGUACUUACUGCAGUGGAUGUGCGACUUCAACUUGUAUGGAUGCGCCUCCAUCGAGCUAAACAAGCCGCAGUUCCGCGAGCCUGUGCCAUCGUGGGAUGAACUGGACGAUCCGGCUCACCUUUGGCACGACCGCUCAAUCUCUCCAGAUCAGAUCCUGGACGUGGAGAAGUUCCCGCGCCAGAGUCACUGUCAAAUCGAGCUUGACUUCCGUGUAGAAGAUAUUCUCAAUCGCCAUUGUAUUGAAGAGCGACCCUUGCACCACUCGUUUAUCGAACGCUUAGAGAGUCUGGAGAACCUUGCCCCGGAGGAAAAGCUCGUGCAUUCGAUGGCGGGACUUUGGAAAGAUGAGACGCGAAGACGAAAGCUGCGCAUGGGUCUGACUGCCCCUUCGUCUUCACCGUUCCCGCCCGAAGUCUUGGUGAGCAUGUCGGCUGAUCCGAGAAAUGAUAGUGAGGGUGGUUGGAUUCAUGAAGAGGAGUUCCGCGAGGCGGUCGCGCGUCUAUCCGAGCAAGAGAAGCAAGCGAGAGGUGGUGGAGACCUGAGCUUUGAGAGCUUUAGCAGUCAGGCAUCUCAAGAAGAUGGAGUACAGACUGUGUUUGACAGUGUCCAAGAGCUAUUCCACAGCGUGGUCGAGCGAAAGUGGGCGCAAGCAAAGGCCGAAGAAGAUGAGGCAAUCGACGUCGCGUUCGACUGGCCCGGCGCUGGGCCCGAUAAUGACAAGCAAGAUAUCGUUCCACUAGUGGACAUGGACAGCAUCACUCAAGUCCUCGAUGAAGACGAUUAUGGGAGCGACGAAGAGAACGCAAAAGACAUCGUCCUCACGCAGCAACAGAAGCUCAGGGAUGCUGGCCUCGGUGGAAUCAUGGGUGAAGCGAAAGUCAGUGGUACCUCCGCCGAUAUUGAAGCUGCAGCUGAAGAAGUGGAAGACGCCGAGGUGCCUCAUACCAACGUCGAGCGAGACGAGCGAGGUAACUUGAAGCGCAGCGCUCCAAGCGGAUCUCAGCUUCCAUUCAAGAAGACUCGCUUCAGUGAGCAUGAUGGAUCAGCUUCCACUAGGCUCGGCAAAUUUCGAGUCAAAGACAUCAAGCCAGAUGGUCGAUCGAGGCCUGCUCAUGAUGGUAUCGAGCUUGCAUAUGAUCUUCCGCCGCCUGCACAGGACAGCAAGACAUCGUCUUCGAAAGCUGGCAAAUUGCCAGAGCCACCCUCAGCACAACCGCCCUCGUCGCAGCAGUCAUCCCAAGGCAACAGGCUCGACUUCCCCUCUGUGAAGCAUCCUCAUGACGCUGAGACGAGCCUUCGAUUGAGUCAACGUGACGACCUCGCGCACAUUCCGCAUCGUAGCUCGCAAAUACAGCAGAAAGACGACUUCUUGGCGUCUUCUCAUGAGUCUGACAGUGCAAACUCUUCAUCAACAUUGAAGUCGUCGGCUCUGCAGAGACCUGCAGUCGAUCCAGAUGUUGCCAUCAACUACUCAAAAGCCUUUCCUGUGCCUGAAGGCAACCACGCUUACAUCUUCAGCGCCUUGCCUCCCACCAAGGACGAUGUAGUGUCAUCCACAAUGCCCGCUGUCAUCUACCAGGAUGCAUACUACAGUAACGAGAAGGACGUGCCAGAGCGGCCUCGCGAAUACGCAGGCCAAGAGUUUAGGCUGGAGAGCAGUUCACUGCCCUUUCUGCCCGUGUUCGACAGAACUGGCAUGACCAAGAAGGUCAAGCCGGCGGACAAGGCGACUGUCGAUUUGACAGAACAGCGACGCCGAUGGCAAUGCUCUCUGAAGACUUGGGAGAUCAUGAAUCCACCCCCAUCGUGUAAGGAGGUGCAGGAAUGGCUGGACGACCAGAGACCGCCAGAAGCCGAUGACCUGGAUCAGCUGGAAGUCGAUGGCCCGACGGCGGCGUCACAGCUUAAGCGCAAGAACCGACCUGCGCCUGAGUUGUCUCAGAUCGAAGGACCCACCCAAAAGAACAAGCAUGGCUUCAAGUUCUCUCAGAAGAAAGCGAGCACGAGUGUUCAGCACGAAACAGGGUACAUGAGCACCAUGAGUCUUGAAGUCCACGUCAACAGCCGAGGUGAUCUGGCACCAGAUCCUGAGCGUGACGAGGUGAAUCUCGUUGUGUGGAUCAUCGCGGAUGAGCAAAUGGACAAUGCUCGGAAGCUGGGUCUUGUGAUUUUGAACAAAAACAAUGAUGAGGAGCUCAUUGGCCGAACACGCCGUCUCGCCGGUGCCGAUGUCGAGAUAGCGUCGGAAGAUAAUGAGCUGGACCUGCUGAAUCGGAUGGUGGACACCGUGCGCAUGUACGACCCGGACAUUCUUACCGGCUACGAGGUCCACAAUGCCAGCUGGGGAUAUCUCAUCGAGCGUGCCCGCUUAGUAUAUGAGUUCAACCUACCGGAUGAGUUCUCUCGCAUGAAGUCGCAGUCUCAUGGACGUUUCGGCAAAGAUGCGGAUCGCUGGGGCUUUACGCAUACCUCGACAGUAAGCAUUACAGGACGACACACGAUCAACAUCUGGCGUGCCAUGAGGUCCGAGUUGAAUCUCCUGCAGUACACGAUGGAGAACGUCGUCUUUCAUCUGCUGCACAAACGCAUUCCCCACUACUCCUUCCAGACACUAACGUCGUGGUAUCAAAGCAAGAAGCCGCGAGGUCUCGCAAAACUUCUCGAUUACCUCAUCACACGAACGAAGCUCGACUUUGACAUUCUGGACGCCAAUGAGCUGAUACCAAGGACUUCGGAGCAAGCACGCCUGCUUGGGGUGGACUUCUUCUCGGUCUUCAGCCGCGGCUCGCAAUUCAAGGUAGAGUCACUCAUGUUCCGUAUUGCGAAGCCUGAGUCUUUUGUUCUAGUCUCGCCGAGCAGAAAACAAGUUGGUGCUCAAAAUGCAUUAGAGUGCCUGCCUUUGGUCAUGGAACCACAGUCAGCCUUCUACAACAGCCCCCUGCUGGUCCUUGACUUUCAGAGUCUCUAUCCGAGUGUCAUGAUCGCAUACAAUUACUGUUACUCAACAUGUCUGGGCAGGAUCACAGAGUGGCGGGGCACGAACAAAAUGGGCUUUGCCGACUUCAAACGCUCACCAGGCCUGCUGGAACUCGUCAAGGAUAAGCUAAACAUUGCACCCAACGGCAUGAUGUAUGUCAAGCCAGAGAUGCGCAAGAGUCUCCUGGCCAAGAUGUUGGGCGAGAUCCUCGAGACUCGUGUCAUGGUCAAGAGUGGUAUGAAGGUCGACAAAGACGACAAGACUCUACAGCAGCUGCUGAACAACAGACAACUUGCCUUGAAGCUGAUUGCGAACGUGACGUACGGAUACACCUCGGCUAGUUUCUCGGGUCGCAUGCCCUGCUCUGAGAUUGCGGACAGCAUUGUCCAGACCGGCCGAGAGACCCUCGAAAAGGCAAUAGCAUUCAUCCACUCUGUCGAGCGAUGGGGCGCGGAAGUGGUCUAUGGCGAUACCGAUAGUUUGUUUGUGUACCUCAAGGGUCGCACCAAGGACGAUGCCUUCAAGAUAGGCGACGAGAUCGCCAAGGCAGUGACCGACAUGAACCCUCGGCCGAUCAAGCUCAAGUUCGAAAAGGUCUACCAUCCUUGUGUGCUGCUUGCCAAGAAACGCUACGUUGGCUUCAAGUACGAAAGUCCCAAACAGACCGAACCGGACUUCGAUGCGAAGGGUAUUGAGACAGUUCGCCGAGACGGCACACCUGCUGAACAGAAGAUCGAGGAGAAGGCGCUGAAGCUGCUCUUUCGCACUUCGGAUCUCAGCCAGGUCAAGAAGUACUUCCAGGCACAGUGUGCGAAGAUCAUGGCGGGACGUAUCAGUGUGCAAGACUUCUGCUUUGCCAAAGAGGUCAAGCUUGGUACCUACGCAGACAAAGGACCGCCACCGCCUGGUGCGCUGAUUGCGACCAGGAGAAUGCUGAAAGACCCUCGCACCGAGCCGCAAUAUGGCGAGCGUGUGCCGUAUGUUGUCAUCGCUGGUGCGCCUGGCGCCCGACUAUGGGAGCGAUGCGUGGAGCCAGAGCGCCUCAUCAACGAUGAGUACACAGAGCUCGAUGCAGAGUACUACAUCAACAAGAACCUCAUUCCACCUCUCGAGCGCAUCUUCAACCUGGUCGGAGCGAACGUCCGACACUGGUACGAUGAGAUGCCAAAGGUACAAUGCAUUCGCAUGCUAGGCGGGCCACGCGAUGGCGAUACCACCACCAAGGCCAAGAAGACCAUGGAAAGCUACAUGGGCAGCUCGCUCUGCCUCGUCUGCAGGACGAAGCUCGCGCCUGUCUCUGCGGCAUCGACUGAGACUGAGCUGCCUCUGUGCUCGGUCUGUAGACAUAAGCAGACCUCGAAGACGUUGAUGGCUUUGAGAGAGAAGUUGCACAAGGCUGAGGUCAGAGCGAGGGAUAUGCAAGACGUUUGCAAGAGCUGUGCUAAUCUUGCAUUUGAUGAUCAGGUCCGAUGCGACAGUCGCGAUUGUCCGGUGUUUUACAGUCGUGUCAAGGCGGAUACACAGUUGCGUGUCGCGAAGAACGGAGUUGGGACUGUAUUGGAGACGCUUGAGGCGGAGCAAGCGAGGAAGAUGUUGUACGAUUGGACCACGAAAGAGGCAGCUAUGGGAACCAUUGACAAGGAUCGAUAG